GUCAAAGGCAGUCAAAGGCAGUUAAACUGUAGGCAAGCAGCUGUGUUAUUGUAUUAAACCGUGAUCGUAUCGAUCGUAUUGGAGCGGUGUUGUAAAUAGGAACGAAAUACGGAUGUCGCAUUUCGUUAAAGUGAAAGUUUCGGGGUGAGUACCAUUGAUAGUGCGAAUCCAUGCGACUCGUCUAUAUUUCAUCUCGGAUUCGUCAUCGUUUGCGUUGUGGAACACACAUCCCACGAAUUGCUCUGCAGCCAGUUUCAGAUAAAGGAUUCAUUUUAAACAUGUCAUAGUCAAUAUAAUUGUUGGUAUUUUAUUUCUCUGAAGAUAUGACUAUUGCUGCUCUGUAUAAAUAAAAAAGUAAUCUGACAUUUAAAACUAUGGAUAUUGAAGCUAAAACACAUGAUAUCAAUAAUGAUUCUGAAGUGAAAUGUGUUAGCACAAAUGAUUUUCAGAGCAAAAAAUCUAGAAAAGUACAAUCAAAUUCUUUGGAAGAUGCAAGUAUCUUGGACAAUGUAAAUAGUUCUAGUAGUAUGUUUGAAAGUUCUUCAAAAAGCGCCAAUCAUACAAUGGAACUUGACAACAAUUCUACCUGUAAAACUAUGCAAAACGAACAAGUACACGAAGCUAUGGAACUUUCUAUGGAAAACGAGAUUGAGAUAAGAACUGAUAAAUGUUAUGAUACUAAGGAAAUAUCAAAAGAAAUUGCGCGUACUGCCACCAAUUCGGUUGAUACAUCAGAAGCAACUACUUCUCAAGACAAUAGUCCAUCUACUGCUAAUAUUAACGAAUCAAAUAUAUUACAUUCAGAUCAGAACAAAAUCAAAAGAAGUAUUUCCAAAGGUCAGGUACAUCCCGACAGUGGGAUAUCAAUGGAAAAAUCAGAUGACAGUUCAGAUGAAGAUUCAAAUAAACGUCAGAAGUUAAAUAAAAGUACACCUGAUACUGCUAUUGGGAGUGUUAGCGAUGAUACAGUAACAUUUCAAAGAAUGAAAUCAAAAGUAAAACAACGAAAUUAUCGUAAAAGGCGAAACGCAAUGAGUGAUAAUGAAGACAAUUAUGAAAAUGUUUUAUUUAAUGAAGUAACAAGAGAACCUGCUAUACUUGAUGAUGAUGAAGAAAAUGUUGCAUCUUCCAGUACUGGAAAUGAAUCUCCUCAUAUUGAAUCAAAUAGAAGUUCAGAGACUCACAGAGAAGGAUCAGAAACACCCAAUGAUAGACCCACUCGAUACACAAAUGAAAGAGGCAAUUUGAAUGAAUGGAGAACAACUAACGAGGACGAAUGGGAGGAUGUAGAAGAGGAAUACGAGGACAAGGAAGAAAAAAUACCUCAUUGCCUAAAGAUAAAGAAACCACCACCUAAUUGGUAUAUAGUACCAGAAGUUAUAAAUCGCCAAAUAGGUAGCAAUCCAUUGUUUCAAAGAAGAUUUUACGGUUCUUUACAUGCUGUAGAGCGACUCAAACUUAUGUACAAUCUUAACGAGCAUCAGGGUUGUGUGAACGCUUUAAACUUUAAUCGGGAGGGAAAUUUGUUAGUGAGUGCCUCUGACGAUUUAAGAAUCGUUAUUUGGGAUUGGGCUAUAGGAAAGAAGUGCUAUGGGUGUCUAAGUGGUCACACGAGCAACAUGUUUCAAGCUAAGUGGUUGCCGUUAGAUAUGGAGUACCUUAUGGUUACUUGUGCUCGAGAUGGUCAAGUACGUUUAUUAGAUCUUCAUUAUAAUACGACAAAGAAAUUGGCGUCGCAUCGCGGACCAUCGCAUAAAUUGGCUGUGCAUCCUGAAACACCGCAUGUAGUUUUGUCUGCUGGGGAGGACGCAAGAGUGUUUUCCAUAGAUAUCCGAGAGAGCAAACCAAACAAAUUGCUAGUGGUGAAAGAGGAAUCGUCAGAAGUGCAACUAUAUAGUAUACAUUCUAAUCCUUUUAAUAGUAAUGAAUUCUGCGUCGGUGGUCGUUCUCAUUACGUGAAAGUGUACGAUCGGCGAAAGGUUUCAACACCGCUUUAUAAAUUAUGCCCUGAUCAUCUGACGGGGAAUAAAAACGCGCAUGUAACAUGCGCUGUAUAUAAUCAUAACGGAACCGAAAUUCUUGCAUCGUAUAAUGACGAAGACAUAUAUCUUUUUGAUAGAUUAAUGUCAUCACGUGUAGAUUACGCUCAUAGAUAUCAAGGCCAUAGGAAUAGUGCAACUGUAAAGGGCGUUAAUUUCUUUGGACCCAAAAGCGAAUAUGUUAUAUCUGGGUCCGAUUGUGGUAAUAUAUUUAUUUGGGACAAAAAUACGGAAGCUGUUGUGCAAUGGAUGGCAGGAGAUAAACAAGGAGUUGUAAAUUGCUUAGAAGGACACCCGCACAUCCCCAUUCUUGCGACAAGUGGAUUGGAUUAUGACGUCAAAAUAUGGGCACCUUCUUGCGCAGAACCUCCAAUGAUGAAAUCAUUUGCGAAUUGCGUCAAGUCCAAUGCGAGAAACAGGGAGCAAGAACAUGUGCCUGAUACAUUUGAUGGUCAAUUGCUUUGGAUUUUGCUAAGACACAUCCGUCACAGGGAGAGAGUACGUAAUCCUUAUACGCCUUAUGAACAUGACGAUUCAAAUCGAGAUGAGGAUGACAACGAUGAUGAUGACGAUGAUUACCACUUUGAUGACUCCUCGAAUGAUAAUUCGUCUGAAAAUAGUGAUAGUCAGUCGGAAGGUGGUGACGUCGGAAGAAUACAGUGCUCUCAAUCUUAAAAAUGUCACUUAAUCACGCGAUUUGAUAUUAUUGUGAUUAUGACAGUUAUAUAGUGUUCAAAGCGUUCAUUAGCCGUUUCAUAUAAUAAAUUCUAUCGAAUAUAAUUAUAUCAAUAGCGUUAUAUAGUGGAGUGUAUAGAAAGAAUGGUUUCUGCAGUGUAACAAAAAGUUGUGUAUUCUACAUACGAUUGAUCUUUUUCAUCAAUCUGAAAAUAAUCAGUAGUGUAAAUUAUGUACUUUAAGCGGUUUACGGUUGUAUCGUAAUUUUUGAAUAUAUAUGUCGAAGAAAUAUAAAGACUGGAUAAUUUGGUAGAAUGUACGAUGUUAACACUUUCGUGGCUGCUCACGUAUUUUUAUGUUUAUUGUUUUUUUUUUGCAUUAUUGUAUUAUAUUGUCGUGUAAUGUGAAAUGUGUCGGAUUUUGCGUCAGUUCAAUAUAAUAGAGCGGCUCCAAGCGUUGAGCAGAGCCGAAUGUACAACUGUCGCGAAAGUGUUAAGAUGACAAGAAGACAGAGAGGCAUAAAGGUUUUUCAUAAUAGUUGUGGGAUGCGAUUAUGAAGAUAAAGUUUUGUAGGAAACGCAUAAAUUCAUAAAUAUUGUUAUACUAUUAUUGUCGUACAUUAUAGGAUUGUUUUUUUUU